AUGAAAGGGCUCUUCAAAAAGGCGAAAGCCGAACUCCAAAGCAUCCUCGACAUCGACCCACGAACCAACCAGCCACCCGCUCAACCAUCUCAACAUCAACACCAGCAAGGCUUCCGACGCGGAAUAGAAAUGGACCAGCCUUCCACCAUCAAACCCGUCACGCCCCUCGACAUCAUCCGUUAUCGAUACCACCACGGCACAAACCUCGGAUCGGUCUAUGUUCUCGAACGAUGGCUUCGGAAUUCUAUGUUCCCUGAAGACGCUUCUGGGUCAAGCGAGUUGGAAGCCGUCAAGGCAUGGGUGGAGAAGAUUGGGGUAGAUGAGACGAGAAAGAAGUUUGAAGAGUUUUGGGCCAAUGCUGUGACGGAUGAGGAUAUCAAGUGGCUGGUCCAGGAGGCUAGAGCCACAUCUAUCCGUCUUCCGAUCGGCUACUACGACCUCCUCCCCUCCUGCUUAGAAAACACCCCCUUCGCUCCAUAUUCCGCUGUCUAUACCUCAGCCUGGAGUAGCAUCAGCAGCCUUGUCAUGCGCCUCCGCAUGCACGGAAUCGGCACCCUCCUGGACCUCCACGCGCUUCCUGGUGGUGCGAAUACGCAAGACCACUCCGGCACCAACAGCGGCGUCGCUGACCUCUGGGUCUCUCAAGAUGACCGCAACCUCGGGAUCCGCUGUUGCCAAUUCCUGGCUCAGCAAGUUGUGGAAGGGCUCGAUGGCGUCAUUGGCAUCCAAAUUGCUAAUGAAUGUGAAUGGGGGAGUCCUAUGAAUCCUUGGUACAACGACUGCAUUGACGCCAUCUCGGCUAUCGAUGCCAGCAUACCCGUCAUCAUCUCCGACGGCUGGAACCUGGAGAAUGCAAUCAACUACAGUCUCAUCAAGAACACUGCCAUGCCCUCUCAGCCCACAUGUCCUGUAGUUGUCGAUACACACUACUAUUGGGCACAUACAGGCGAGGACACGUCCAAGUCACCGCAGCAGAUCAUCAAUGAAGCCAGCACUAAGCUUAGCGAGCUUAAUGGGAAAGAAGGCAGCAUUAUAGACCGUGGAGCUGCCCAGGUCGUUGUCGGCGAAUAUAGCUGUGUCCUUAGCGAAGAUAGCUGGUCAAAGCGCGGGGACACACCAAAACAAGUCUUGGUGAAAGAAUUUGGCGAAGCACAGAGUCGGAGAUGGCAGCAACGUAGCGGUGGAAGUUUCUUCUGGACGUGGAAGAUGGACUGGUUCCCAGGCGGAGAAUGGGGCUUCCAAGAACAAACCUCUUCCUCUGCAGUAACUUCCCCACCCUCAUAUUCCACCCCUUCCUCUAGCAUAUCCGCUCUCCUUGAUAGAUCAAACUCCCAUCGCGACGAACGCAUGUAUGCCGCCGUCAACCAACACACUUCCUACUGGGACCACCUCGUCCCUAAUACGCCAUGUGAGCACUGGCGCUAUGAAAAUGGAUGGAAGGUUGGAUACAAGGAUGCACAAGAUUUCUUCCAAGGAGCCUCUACAGUUGGCGGCGGGAAUAAGAUUGGAAAUUUGGAAAUCUGGGUGCUGAAGAGGGUGCGGGAGUCAGGUAUGAGAGGGAACUUUGUGUGGGAGUUUGAGCAAGGUUUGAGGAGGGGAAUUCAUGACCUUUAUGCUGCUGUGGGAAUCUGA